GUCAUUGCUCAGCAGCGGAACCUUCGGGAAAGUGGCCAAAUGCCGCAAGAUGGAUAGCAACAAGACUGUGGCGGUGAAAAUGUUUAGAAAUCAAGGCAGCUUUGCGGAACAGGCCAAGGUUGAGGUAGGGUGAACCUGGCUCAGGUAAAAAACUAAAUAAAUAAAGAUAAUAAGUAUUUGUGUAAUCUGGCGAUAGAAAUUGCAGCUUGCAGUCCAAAUUUGACGAUAGACUUAUCACUGUGCUACAUUAUUCAUUUAAUAUGUCCUAUCUGUAGAUUGACACGUUGCAGAAAGUAAAAAUCCUACAUAACUCCAAAAGACACUUGGUGCUGUGGAAACGUAUCUUUAACGACAUGGGCCACAUUUGUUUGGAAUUUGAGUACCUGGACAAAAGUCUUUACGACCUCAUGAAGGAACGACAAUUCAAAAAUCUCCAAGUGAAAGAGAUUCGACCCCUGGUCCAUCAGCUGGCCAUCGCUCUGGACCACUUGAAGCGCGUUCAUACGAUCCACGGAGACAUCAAGUUGGAAAACAUCAUGCUGAUCGACCACCAGCGGCAGCCAUACCGAAUCAAACUCGGCGACCUCGGAUUGGCCCAAGGCGGUUCGGUCAACAAACAGAACUCUAAUAGUCAGAGCCACCAGUACCGGUCUCCAGAGAUCUUACUGGGGGCUCCAUUCACUGAAGCAACAGACAUGUGGUCUGUCGGCUGUGUGGCAGCUUUCCUAUAUAUGGGCACUCAUAUGUACCAUGGCAGGAAUGAAUACGAAAUGAUAAAGUUUAUUAUGGAGACUCAAGGUCCGUUUCCAGAAGAUACCAUGAUUUCUGGACAGAAGACUUGUGACUUUUUUCACAGAGACAACCAAAACAGUACCUGGAAACUGAAGACACCUGAACAGCAAGAGACAGGAUUUGUGCCACGAGACACAAGGAAGAUCAAGUUGAUUUCUCUCAAUCACCUUCAGCAACUGCAGCCGUUUGAUGGCAAGCACACCAAGGACAAAGAUGUGUACGCAGAAGACAAGCAGACCGACUGA